UGCAUGCCAGCCUGGGCAACAGAGUGAGACUCCAUCUCCAAAGAAAAUAAAAAUAAGAGACAUAACCACCAAGCUGGGUAUCGGGGAGAUGGCCGAGACUGACCCCAAGACCGUGCAGAACCUCACCUCGGUGGUGCAGACACUCCUGCAGCAGAUGCAAGAUAAAUUUCAGACCAUGUCUGACCACAUCAUUGGGAGAAUUGACGAUAUGAGUAGUCGCAUUGAUGAUCUGGAGAAUAACGUCUCAGACCUCAUGACACAGGCUGGGGUGGAAGAACUGGAAGGUGAAAACAAGAUACUUGCCACACAAAAGAGUUGAAGGUUGCUAAUAAUUUAUGCUGGAAUCUGGAACACCAUGUUUCCAAGCCAAGAGAAGAUCGAAUGGCUUUUUACAGCUAACUACUACGUAUAGACAGGUUUUAUAUUAUAAAGUAUGCAUUCUUAUCACGUACUAUAUAGUUAGUUUGUAGAGUGAUUUACCCCCCCAGUUUCUUGAACAUAGUGUCUUCACAUCUUGGACCUUGGUCAGUAGUGCUAUUCAUUAUUAAACACUAAAACUUUGGGGGUUCCUGCAUAACA